CAUCAGUUCGAUUCAAUUAAUUAAAGAGAAUGAAAAUCAACAGCGGCAAUAAUUUAGCAUUAAAAUUUAUUUUCAUAGCUUUUGCAUUAAAUUUGGCAGAAGCACAAAAGCCAACAUAUAAAAUUUGUGUACCGGCAUUAAUCCUUCCAGCAUGUAAUGAAUUAAUGACUAAGAGGAGUGAAAUUGCAAGCAUUGAAUGUGUUGCUGGACGAGACAGAGUCGACUGCUUGGACAUUGUCGAGAGACGUGGAGCUGAUUUUAUGGCCGUUGAUCCUGAGGAUUUAUAUCUUGCAUUUAAGAAGAAGAAUGAAGAUUUUGCUGUAUUUUCGGAUAUAAGAACAAAAGAAGAAAUUGAAGCGGAAUUCCGUUACGAAGGAAUAAUUUUAAUAAAAAAGAAUUCAGGCAUAAAUUCGCUGUCUGAUUUGCGUGGGAAAAAGUCUUGUCACACAGGCUAUGGAAGAAAUGUUGGCUACAAAAUUCCAAUCACAAAGUUAAAAAGACAUGAAAUUUUUAAAGUUGAUGCUGAUGUGAAUCUGUCACCCGUCGAAAGGGAAUUGAAAGCACUCUCAGAACUGUUUCCACAGUCAUGUCUUGCUGGAAAGUAUUCAGAUAACAAUGAAGUGAAUGAAAAACUGAAGAAAAGUUAUUCAAACCUCUGUGCACUGUGCGAAAAUCCAACAAGAUGUGAUUAUCCUGAUAAAUUUUCUGGUUAUGAUGGUGCUAUUAAAUGCUUGGUUGAGAAUGGUGGCGAUGUGGCUUUCACGAAAGUUAUUUAUGUUAGAAAAUAUUUUGGGCUCCCAAUUGGACAUGCCACAGAGUCAUUAACAGAAGCACAAGCAAAUCCAAAUGAUUAUGAAUAUUUGUGUGAAGAUGCUACAAAAGUUCCAAUUACCGAGAGGGCAUGCACGUGGGCUCAGCGUCCGUGGCAAGCAUACAUGGGAAAUGGUGACAUAACAAACAAGCAUCUAGACAUGCUUCAAAGUCGCUUGAAAGUAUUUUAUGAAGAUGCGAAGUCAACGGAUCACAUGACUUAUGCCAAACAAAUGAUGGUUAAUGAAAAGAACACGGUAGUGCCAAAGGAUAAUGUAAUUCUUCCGGGCGAUCAUUUAUCAAAAGCUCAAUACACAGAUGUUAUUGAACGGCAGCUCCUUGACGGAAACUCGAAUGAUGAAAAAAUAAAACUUUGUGUUUCGAGCAAUGUAGCUAUGAGAAAAUGUCAAGCAAUGAGCGAUGUUUCAUAUUCUCGUGACAUACGUCCAACUUUUGAAUGUAUUCUCAAAGACAAUGAAAAAUGUAUAGAGUCAUUGAGUGAAGGAAAUGCUGAUGCUGUUGUCGUUCAAUCAAAAACUUUUGAGAUGCAUAAUUUGAGCAAUUUGAAGGCAAUUCUUUAUGAACAAUUGGAUGAUGAUGACAAUGACAAAUAUGUUGUGAUUGCACACGAUGGAAUUGAAUUCAAUCAAAUUAAAAAAGCUGAUUUACAAUUUGACCCAGACAAUUUACGAAGCAUCAAUGCUGCAUUACAUUUUUCGACGAAGCAACGCAAGCAAAGUGGAAAAUUAUGCCCUCAAACUAUUAAAUCUGUUCCGAAUGGAGAAUUACAAGUUAUUAACUCAAGAGAUUUAAGUAAACACUCAGACAAGAUUUUAAUUUGCCAGGACAUGACGACGAGAUCAUUAAAUGAAUUUAAACGAUGCAAUUUUGACUUUACAUUACCAACAGCUGUAUACGUUAGUAAGUCUGUGAAUCCGAACAGAGAAGCAACUAUCAAGCAUGCCUUUGUAACAAUGUCAGAAAAAUUCGGCCACAAGAAGCCUUAUGAAGAUGUCUUUGAAUUAUUUGGUCAGUUCGAGGAAGGACAAGAGAAUGUCAUUUUUAAUGAUGAUGCUGUAGCACUAACAACGCAAGAGGGAUCUGUUACACAAACGGAUUACAAAAAAAUGAGAUGCUUAAUUUGAGUUUGAUUUUUAAUUUUGCUGUCUAAAUAAAUUUGCAUGUUUUUUAAUAAAGGAUGUGCUGGAAUUUCUAAUAUAAA